AUGUUCCUGGUGGGCCUGACAGGGGGCAUCGCCUCCGGCAAGAGCUCCGUGCUCCAGGUGUUCCAGCAGCUGGGCUGUGCGGUGAUUGAUGUCGACGUCAUCGCCCGCCAUGUGGUCCAGCCAGGAUGCCCCGCCCACCGGCGCAUCGUGGAGGCUUUUGGCACUGAGGUCUUGUUGGAGAAUGGAGACAUCAACCGCAAGGUCCUGGGGGACCUGAUAUUUAACCAGCCCGACCGGCGGCAUCUGCUCAACACCAUCACUCACCCUGAGAUCCAAAAGGAAAUGAUGAAGGAGACCUUCAAGUACUUCCUUCGGGGAUACCGCUACGUGAUUCUGGAUAUCCCUCUGUUGUUUGAGACCAAGAAACUGCUCAAGUACAUGAAGCACACGGUGGUGGUGUACUGCGAUCGGGACACGCAACUGGCACGCCUGAUGCGACGGAACAGCCUGAACCAAGAGGACGCGGAGGCUCGGAUCAACGCUCAGCUGCCCCUGAGGGACAAAGCCCGCAUGGCCCGCCACGUUCUAGACAACUCGGGCGAGUGGAGCGUCACCAAGCGCCAGGUCAUCCUUCUGCAUGCCGAGCUGGAGCGCUCCCUGGAGUACCUGCCCCUGAGGCUCGGGGUCCUCACAGGUCUGGCCGGCAUCGUUAGCCUCCUCUACUUGCUCACCCGCUGCCUCCUGCCUUCCCCCUAG